CUUAUAGUUUCUAGCUCACAGGCACAGGACAGACAGAACAGGUCGGACCCACCCACCCCCGUAGUCGACCGCGCGAAAAUCAUCACCACCAUGUGCCCAAUGCUGCUGAACAGUCUCUCCGAUGGCCCGGCCAUGGUCCUGUCCGCUCCCCAGGACCACGCCUUUGCCCAAUUCCCUCGCCAGGCCAAGUUCUCCACCAACGCCGAGACGCGAGCAGCCUUCUUCAACCACCACCACAACCACUCCAACGGGUUCAAUGCGUACCAGCCGCCCUCCAAACCCUCGCGGAAGAGAUCGCGUGACGAUGCCGCCUUCGAGGAAGCCAUCAACGGCGGAAACAGCACCCCGGUGUCCGCCCCUGCGCCUGCCUCCAAGCCCGCACGAGCCGUGCCAGAACAACCCAUCUACGGCGAAGGCAUGGUGCUGCUGAAUCCGCGCACCAAGAUGGCCGUCUCCGCCGAUAGCCAAACGGGGACAUGGUACGAAGAGACGGCCGAGAACGCUGCCACGGCCGCUGCCACCACCGCCCAUUCCCAACAACCCUCAUUAUCGGGUCGCAAGUCGCAACGUCUCGACCCCACAGCCCCCAGCAUCGACGACAUCGCCCUCUCCUCCCUCCAGAGCCGUCUCUCUGCCGACAACACCCGUCGGCUCCUGAACACCGGCACCCGGCCCGAAGAACCCACCGUCGACGACGCGACCCGUCUCCUCGGAAUCAGCUGGCAGCAGAUGAGCGCCGACAGCGACAUCGCUGCCGCCGUACGCGGAUGGAAGAAAUACAUCGAUCGCCAGUUCGCGUCGUACCUGAGCGACUGCGAGAUCCUCAUGAAGAACCGCGCGCUGAACGCGUAUCUCGUGACGGCGAAGCCCGUGACGCCGGUCGGGAUGGCGCAGGCCCAGAACGCUUUCUAUCUGUUCAACGACGAUCUCACUCAGGCGCAGCUGGUCGGGUCGUCGUGGGAGGCGUGUCUUAUGAAUCUGCGCGCGUCGCCGAUUGUGUUUGAGGGCGCGCAGAUUCUGAAUGCCGCGGACGGCGUGACCAAGGGGACCACGGUGAUGGGCGUUCCCAUGGGCACGCAGAACCUCCUCGGCGCGAACCCCGUUGACUCGGGUCUUCCGCUCCUCCAGACUCUCUCCGCGGCUCCCCCGCCUCCUGAUUAUCUGGGCUUGAAUACCGUCCAUUCUAGCGUCGCAAGCAUGGGGACGGGCAUGGAGAUCGAUGCCUAGCUGCUGGAGCAGCAGCAACGGAUGCACAAUCACUUAACCAACCGAUCAUCAAAUCAAAUCAAAUAAAGACGCAGAAACCGAUACCACACCAGACUCGACUCGAUUCGAUUCGACCGAACGAUACCACCACCACCACCACCACCAUCAUCAUCAUCUUUCGGCAGCACCAAAAGCCUCUUUAUCUUUCCUCUUCUUCUUCUUCUCCUCCUUCUCCAUUAUCAUCUUCUUAUUUUUUCUUACCUUUCGUCCGUCUCGGGGUGUUCAUCAUUCAACUUGAACUGAACUGAACCUCAAACUUCCAGGUCUCAGAUCUCAUAUCCUCAGAUCUUCUCAUCUUGAAUCGUAAUUCAUCCCGGACUUAUAU